AUGUUAUGGUCAAAAAUUACUACGUUAUUAGCCGCUACCAUUGCAUUUUUAAGUGCUACGAUUCCAUCAGUUGACGCUUCUCCUAUUAAUUCAGAAAACAUUGCUUUUGCCGAUUAUCCCGAAUUUAUUAAUAAACGAGAUGAUGGUGUAGUAGUAGCUAGAAGAAGUGGUAAUAAUAAUCGUGCACGCGAUGAAAGUCAAUAA